GGCGCACCAGUGGAUCCAUUAGGAGGGUUUAACGCACAGCGCGCACUGGAGGGACCGGGGGAAGUUGCGUGGCGCACACGGGUCUCUCUCCUCUCGAUGUCCCCCCCGCGGAGAGCCAUGGUGAGCCCGCUGGUGCUGCUGCUCGGCUGGGCGGUGAUCUCCGGAGCUCAGAACGACACGGAGCCCAUCGUCCUGGAGGGCAAGUGCCUGGUGGUGUGCGACUCCAACCCGGCCACGGACUGGAAGGCGUCGUCCUCCCCGCUGGGCAUCUCCGUGCGCGCCUCCAACUCCAAGGUGGCGUUCUCCGCAGUCCGGAGCAACAACCACGAGCCGUCGGAGAUGAGCAACAAAACCAGAAUCAUCUACUUCGACCAGAUCCUGGUGAACAUAGGAAACUACUUCACAUUUGAGUCUGUGUUUCUGUCGCCGAGAAAAGGAAUCUACAGCUUCAACUUCCACGUCAUCAAAGUUUACCAGAGUCAAACCAUACAGGUGAACCUGAUGCUGAACGGGAAACCGGUGAUCUCGGCCUUCGCAGGCGACAAAGAUGUGACUCGUGAGGCCGCCACCAACGGAGUUCUGCUUUAUCUAGAAAAGGAGGACAAGGUCUAUCUAAAGCUGGAGAAGGGGAAUCUAGUUGGCGGAUGGCAGUACUCAACCUUUUCUGGCUUUCUCGUGUUCCCCCUGUAAAGAAGAGACGACUCUAAACUCACUGACUUCUUCAUAACGUGUUGUCACCGUAUUAAUCCAAACAUCACCGCUGCAUCGGUCGGAUCUUUCCGAGUGGUUGAAAAUGACGGAUUGGAAAUGGGUAACAUCAGAAGGAGGAGAUAAGACUUUGGGAAAUCGUUCACAUUCUCUGAAGAGCUGAGUCCCCGUCCACGUGAAGGAGACUUGAAAUGUUCCCGCUCCCCACUU